AUGUUUGGGAUCCAGGACAACCUGCCCCGCGGGGCCACGGCCAGCAUGAAGGAGGAGCCGCUGGCCGUUCGCUCCUGGAUGCACUCGGCCGGCGUGGUGGACGCCAACACGGCCGCUCAGAGCGGGGUGGGGUUAGCUCGAGCUCACUUUGAGAAGCAGCCUCCGUCCAAUCUGAGGAAAUCCAACUUCUUCCACUUCGUGUUGGCGCUCUACGACCGGCAGGGUCAGCCGGUCGAGAUCGAACGCACCGCUUACGUCGACUUCGUGGAGAAAGAGAAGGAGCCGAGCGGAGAGAAAACCAACAACGGGAUUCAUUACAAGCUGCAGCUGCUCUACAGUAACGGAGUGAGGACGGAGCAGGAUCUGUACGUCCGACUCAUCGACUCCAUGACCAAACAGGUGAGACAUCGAUUAUCGAUCACCUGA